UACACGCGUUGAACAGGACCAGCUAGACAAGGGCGAGGCUGUAUUUGGUUCCUGAAAGAAACCCUGCAGUUGUGUUCUACACAGCGAUCCAGCACGCUGUACGGACAUUAUGUUAUUCCCGGGUCCAUGUUGAAGUUUUUUUUUUUUAAACCAGACUUUUUUCGCCUGGCUGGGUCAUUUCAGGGCACUCGCCGCAUCCGCUCAACGCCGUCGUCGUCACACACACAGGUUUCUCUGACAAGGAAAGAGUGGAUAGGAGCCUUCACCAGUGGGAGUGAAGACUGUGACCUCAGGUAUUCUGUUGUCACCAGAGGAUGUGAACAUGACUCCGAGGCCCUAACUCCCAGAAGUAUGUCAGAGCAAGCAGCAAAAUGUAGCCCCAGAUGGAAACAACAUGAGCUCAUGCAACAUGGGUACAUCCCAAGUUACUUGGAUAAGGAUGAAUUGUGUGUAGUGUGCAGUGACAAAGCUACCGGCUAUCACUAUCGCUGUAUUACCUGUGAGGGGUGCAAGGGAUUUUUCAGGCGGACAAUCCAGAAGAAUCUUCACCCAACAUACGCGUGUAAGUACGAGGGGAAGUGUGCCAUCGACAAGGUGACCAGAAACCAGUGCCAGGAAUGUCGCUUCAAAAAAUGCAUCGCAGUUGGCAUGGCAACAGACCUCGUGCUGGACGACAGCAAGCGUCUGGCCAAGCGGAAGCUGAUUGAGGAGAAUCGGGAGCGCCGGCGGCGGCGGGAGGAGCUGCAGAAGACGGUGUGGAGCAAGCCGGAGCCCACGCCGGACGAGUGGGAGCUGAUCCGAGCGGUCACCGAGGCCCACGUGGCCACCAACGCUCAGGGCAACCACUGGAAGCAGAAGCGCAAAUUCCUGAGAGCAGUGGGGGUGAAGGAGUCCAAGCCAGAGGACAUUGGUCAAGCUCCCAUCAUCAACGCCCCAGAUGGAAGCAAAGUGGACAUAGAAGCCUUCAGUCAGUUUACAAAAAUUAUCACCCCAGCCAUCACCAGGGUGGUCGACUUUGCCAAAAAGCUACCCAUGUUCUGUGAGUUACCCUGCGAGGACCAGAUCAUUCUGCUAAAGGGCUGCUGUAUGGAGAUCAUGUCCCUGAGGGCGGCAGUACGCUAUGACCCAGAGAACGAGACACUAACCCUCAACGGGGAAAUGGCGGUGACCCGUGGUCAACUGAAGAACGGAGGCCUGGGCGUGGUGUCAGAUGCCAUCUUCGACCUGGGUGUGUCCCUGUCCUGCUUCAAUCUUGACGACUCUGAGGUGGCCCUGCUGCAGGCUGUCAUCCUCAUGUCCUCAGGUGAGGUGGACACUGUCCGUUUCACUUACCUGUCCUUAGACCGUCCGGGCCUGACGAGCGUGGAGCGGAUCGAGCAGUGCCAGGAGGACUUCCUCCUUGCUUUCGAGCACUACAUCAACUAUCGCAAACACAAGGUGCCAUACUUCUGGCCCAAGCUCCUGAUGAAAGUGACAGACCUUCGCAUGAUUGGGGCGUGCCAUGCUAGCCGUUUCCUGCACAUGAAGGUGGAGUGUCCCACCGAAUUGUUCCCCCCACUCUUCCUGGAGGUGUUUGAGGACUAACGGGGAGGGGG